CCGGCGGCCGCCGAGCCUCGCCUCGCUAGAGCGGCGGCGGGCAGGGCAGGGCAGCGCCUGUAACUGGAAACCAGCGCAGGCUCCGUCACCGCGCGGCAGCUCCAUUCACUCCUAAGGUGCGUAAUUGCGGGCAGGGGAGAAGCGCGCCCGGUGCCUUAGGAGUCCAGCUGCCAGGAUUACUGUACGGAGGAUACGGGAGUACCCCUGCAACCGCCGCGAAGACAGACUUUUCUUUUUACCUUUUUUUUUUCUUUUUUUUUUAAAUUUAUUUUUCCCUCCACAAUGAGCCAGGUUUGGAAUUAAAAUGUUCUGGUAGCGGGAAUGGAGUCUAUAAACUGAUAGAAACCAGAUAGAAAUCGGUAUUACUGGUGCCUCUAAUAGCCGGGUUUUGUUUCUUGGAUAUUAAGUUGCAAAACUGAAGAGAUGGCCUUUCUUGCAGUGCACGUGUUGAUUGGGAUAUUUAUUUACUUUAGCAGUGUAAAAGGAUCUUCCCAGCCUCAAGCAAGGGUGUUCCUAACAUUCAAUGAGCUGCAAGAAACUAAGACCUCUGAAUAUCACAGAAUAUCCCACAGUCCCCUGGAUUACCGGAUAUUAUUAAUGGAUGAAGAUCAGGAUCGGAUCUACGUGGGCAGUAAAGAUCAUAUUCUGUCUUUGAAUAUUAACAAUAUAAGCCAGGACCCUCUCAGUAUUUCCUGGCCAGCAUCAGCAAACAAGGUUGAAGAGUGCAAAAUGGCUGGCAAAGAUCCUACACAUGGCUGUGGAAACUUUGUGCGUGUCAUACAGUCGUACAACCGCACACACCUGUACGUCUGCGGCAGCGGCGCCUUCAGCCCCGUGUGCGUGUACGUCAACAGGGGACGCAGGUCUGAGGAACAAAUCUUCAAGAUCGACUCCAAGUGUGAAUCAGGAAAAGGACGCUGUUCUUUCAACCCCAACGUGAACACGGUGUCUGUUAUGAUCAAUGAAGAGCUUUUUUCAGGAAUGUAUAUUGAUUUCAUGGGGACGGAUGCGGCCAUUUUUCGGAGUCUGACCAGGAGGAAUGCAGUGAGAACUGACCAGCACAACUCCAAGUGGCUGAGUGAGCCAAUUUUUGUGGAUGCUCAUGUUAUCCCAGAUGGCACUGACCCCAAUGAUGCCAAAAUCUACUUCUUCUUCAAAGAGAGACUCACAGACAACAGCGGCAGCACAAAGCAAAUUCAUUCAAUGAUUGCAAGAAUAUGCCCAAAUGACACAGGUGGUCAGCGCAGUCUCGUGAACAAGUGGACAACAUUCUUGAAAGCAAGACUUGUGUGCUCAGUGAUGGAUGAAGAUGGAACAGAAACGUACUUUGAUGAAUUAGAGGAUGUGUUUCUUUUAGAGACAGAUAACCCCAGAACAACGCUUGUGUAUGGAAUUUUUACAACAUCAAGCUCCAUAUUUAAAGGCUCAGCCGUGUGUGUGUAUCAUCUGUCUGACAUCCAGACUGUGUUCAAUGGGCCAUUUGCACACAAGGAGGGCCCAAACCACCAGCUGAUUCCAUAUCAGGGCAGAAUUCCGUACCCACGACCUGGCACCUGUCCAGGAGGAGCCUUCACACCUAACAUGCGGACAACCAAAGAGUUUCCAGACGAUGUUGUGACCUUCAUUAGGAAUCACCCCUUGAUGUUUAAUCCCAUUUACCCAAUACACAAGAGGCCGUUAAUCAUCCGGAUAGGAGCCGACUACAAGUAUACAAAGAUUGCUGUGGAUCGAGUGAAUGCUGCUGAUGGAAGAUACCAUGUCUUGUUUCUUGGAACAGAUCAAGGAACCGUACAGAAAGUUGUUGUCCUACCCACGAACUUCUCUGCAAGUGGAGAACUCAUUUUAGAAGAGUUGGAAGUUUUUCAGAGUAAUUCUCCUAUAACAACAAUGAAGAUUUCAUCUAAAAAGCAACAGUUGUACGUGAGCUCAGAUGAAGGGGUCACCCAGGUGUCCCUCCAUCGCUGCCACAUCUACGGGACCGCCUGUGCCGACUGCUGCCUGGCCCGAGAUCCCUACUGCGCCUGGGAUGGCAACUCCUGCUCCAGGUUUUAUCCCACAGGAAAAAGGAGGAGUCGCAGGCAAGAUGUGAGACAUGGAAACCCUCUGACUCAGUGCCGAGGUUUCAACCUGAAAGCAUACAGAAAUGCUGCAGAAAUAGUUCAGUAUGGAGUGAAAAACAACACCACCUUUCUGGAAUGCACACCUAAAUCUCCUCAGGCUUCUAUUAAGUGGCUGCUACAGAAAGACAAUGACAGGAGGAAAGAGGUCAAGCUGAAUGAGAGGAUCAUAGCUACUGAGCAAGGACUCCUCAUUCGCUCUGUGCAGGACAGUGACCGGGGGCUUUACCACUGCAUCGCGACGGAGAACAGCUUCAAGCAGACCUUGGCGAAGAUCAACUUCAAGGUGUUGGAUUCAGAGAUGGUGGCCGUCAUGACUGACAAGUGGUCCCCUUGGACCUGGGCCAGCUCAGUGCGAGCGUUGCAGUUCCACCCAAAGGACUUUGUGGGAGCUUUCAGCCACUCCGAGAUGCAGAUGAUUAACCAGUACUGCAAAGACAGCAGACAGCCAAGUCAGCAGAGGGAAGAAUCCCAGAAGAUGAGAGGUGACUACAGCAAACUGAAGGCCCUCAUCAACAGCAGGAAAAGUAGAAAUAGAAGGAAUCAAUUACCUGGAUCUUAAUUUUAUUUUGUAGUAAUAGGUAUCUUUCUCCUCACUGUAGGGGGCUUAUAUUUGUCUGUUGAGAACAAAUUUGAGCAAAUAUGAUAAAAAAAUUAAAUGAAAAGCCAACAAGCCUUGGAAAAGAUCUCUCUCCCAAUGAAAUGCAGUGUAACUUAUCUAAAGAAAAUAACUUAGAGCAUUUUCUUUCCAAGAUGCUUAUUGACACUAGGCUGGGCUCUGUCCUAGACGCAGAAAUGGGUAUUCAUCUUAAACCAGAUUCAUCUUUAACAUCUCAGUAUUUAAUUACAGCUGAGUAGAAAUUUUUACAAAAUUAACUUGCACCUCUGGAACUGUACCAACUAGAAUGGUGGUGAAAGAAUCUGGGGUAAGAUGUAUGCUCAAAGUAGGAUGGUACUAGGAUUUCUUGCACUGCAUUUAAGAACAUGAGUUUCUUCUUGUUUACUGCUCAAUAUUGGGUUUACAGCUUUCACUCAUUGUCCAAAUCAUGUGAAUGCAUGCUGAUAGGAAGCAACUAAAGUAUAGUAGAAAUGUUUCAUUCAUUCAGAGGUCAAAUGAAGGAGCAAAUAGAAGAAAAACAAAGAAUUUAUACUUUAUCAAAGGAAGCACUGAUUAUUGUGCAUAGUAUGAGUUGUAAUAAAUUAGUGAGUUCUGGAAUGUAACUUAAAAUAUCUCUGCUCAUAUUGAUUUUUAUUGAUUUAUAGGGUGUCCUAUAACACUACAUAGCUUUAUAAGCAGCACAAAGGUACCAAGAGAAUGUUCAUUAUACACAGAAUUUUGAAAAACACCUAAGUGACUUAGGUAUUUUAGCUAUUUUUCAAACAGAUUACACUCCAAUUUUUUUGCAAAGGACAGAAUGUAGGUAUACUGUCUAGUGUUUACUCAGAAAUAAAAAUCAUAGAUUAUUCUGUUCCAUGAUUAAAUUGGAGCUGGUUCUGCAAUGUGGAAACAAGUCAUAAGUAUCUUAGAAAAAUUUAAAACAUUAUUUUUUUCAACUGUUUUCUCAAAGUUGCAAAUAUUUUAACUAGAAUUUUUUAAUUAAACCAUUCCCAUUUUCCAGUCUUUGUACCCUAUUUCUUUUCCAUUUGAUUUUCCCAAUUUCUCCCUGCUUUCAGUUCUCUGCUGAAAAACAGAUCAGGAAAAGAAAAGAAAAAAAAAGAAUGAGGGAAAAAUAAAACUGAAAAAUGGGUUUGGGUCAAAAACCAAAAGAAAUCUUUUGCUUAAGAAGCAGCUGUCAGGUCUAAUGAAGUAAGUUUUGUUAAAACAUGGGUGAAUGUGCAUCAAGCCAUCCUAAGAAAAACAAUCACUUUUUUUUUUGAGCAACACUAAUGCCAAAAAACAGGGACAAAUCAUCAAUCAUUUUACUAUGUAAGAGUGUUCUGGAAGCCACUGUGUCUAUUUGAAGCAUUAAAAAUGUGUGAGUACCUUAGAAAAAUUAUGAUUAUUUAUGAUACUAUUCAAAAAUACAAACUGAUGUUUGGCUCAAGACUGAGCUAUGUUAAGUUAAAAUUCUAAUUCUAUUAGAAUACUCUAGGAGUAACUCUACAAGGCCUGGGAUUUGUGACAAAGAUCUGGUAAUGGAAGUAACACUGGUAUUUACCUGGUAUCACUUAGAUGUGUCACUUUAUCACCACCUGAUGCAGAAUAGCUGGGAAAUGGGCCCUGAUCUAACCACUUAAACAUUGUCUCUAAAUCCCUUUGAUGCUGGUGGGAGCCCUUUGAAUUUAAUUUGUUAUUAUUGCUUGCAUCAAAAAGCAUGGCAGUGCCAGCCUGCUCAUAUAUUGCUGUCUAGUUAAGUGCUUUCCUUAAUCAAGGCCUAAAUGCAUAUUUCAGCAAUAUUUAGCUGCUGGUAACUUAAGGACCUUCUUAUGGAAAUUGUCAGGAAACUUUGACUUCAGCGAGCUUGGAUUUGGCUCCAAGACCUGGCAAAGCAGACUCUGGAGAAAAAAAAUCAACAAAAACAAAAAUAAAAAAACCUGAAAUGGGUAAGGAAAAAUAAGGGUUCGGUUGGGUUUGGGUUUUUUUGCCAGCUGACUUUCAGUGCAGCACACUGCUUUCUUUUUUUUUUUCCUGAGGAUGACUGACUUCUGAAGUGUGUAAGUGACAAACCAAAAAUCGAGUGCCAUGAAAUAGAACUACCUCCUGGAAUGACACU